ACGUCAACAGCUCCCCAAAGUACGAGCAGAUCUCGGCCAAUGCCGUUCGCCUCAAGCACCAGGUCACCCUUCGGGCAUCUGAAUGAGCUCUGGAUUCUUGAUCUCGAAUGGAUGACAUGGACAUGUCCAGAGGUAAUCGGCAGCCCUCCUAGUGCAAGAAGGGGGCAUUCCGUGGCGAUUGUGGGGAAGUGUAUGUAUGUCUUUGGGGGGUUUGAUGGCUACAGGCAUAUGAGGGAUUUGCACGUGCUAUCUGUUGAAGGAAGGGACUUUGUCUGGUCCCAGCCACCUACCGGGGGUGAGGUUCCGUCCCCAAGACGGUACCAUGCAAUGGUUACGAUUGGCAGCCAUUUGAUGAUCUAUGGUGGAUUUGAUGGAGAGAAUUAUUUGGAUGAUGCCUACACCUAUGACACAGAGAGGAGGUUGUGGAGAAGGUGGGACAUCAGCAAGAGAAUGGAAAUGGAGGAACCAGACGUCAUGAAAACCAAUUUCGGAAUCCCAAAUAGUGGGGUAGAUGGCCGAUCAAUGCACACUUUAUCAUAUGAUGGCGUGCGGGCGAUAGCCUUCGGAGGGGUGCACAUACAUGGCCCUCAAUCUGAUGUAAUUUUCCUUGAGAACUCUGCUGUCAGUCACGGGCGGCAGCUGCAGAGAGUAUACAGCAACUUCGAGAGAGAGCAACAAUGGAGGCAAAAACAGCAAAUUCUUGCAGAAGAGAGAGUUGCUCGUCUGGAGUCAGAUUUGGUGCAGAUGAAGGCGACAAUUGAGCGAAUGACUGAAGCCUUGAAGAGUGAAGUUAAGAAGCGGCAUGUAUCAAUUAUGUCCCAGCGAAUCCUGGCCAGAAAAUUGCAUCACGCACGAGAGGAACUGGAGGAGCUUUCUGACUCACUUACAAGCAAAAGCAAAGAGGCAACAGAAGCAUCUGGCAAGAUCUCAAAGACAAAGGAGCACAUUCAUGAACUGCAAUCGUUGCUGGAGCAAAGUGCAUUGCAGGCAGAAGAGAGACUAGUCACUGAGAGGCUGGCCAGGCAGGCCGAGUUUGUUGCGUUCAAGGAGGAUGUCGACAGGUUGGCUUCCAUGAAGGUGCUGGCUGACCAGGAGUCUGAAAAUCUGCGACUGAAAACGGAAAUGAUGGAGAGAGAGAACGAAGAGCUGAGAAUGGCAAAGAGGAAAACAGAUGCUGCCCUCGCAGUUACCGAGUUCAAAGUGCAGACCCUUCAAGAAGAGGUAUCGGAUGCUGCUGCCAGCAGAGCGCAAACAAGCGAUGCCCAGGUUCAGGCACCUGUCAAAGUGUUGGACGAUUGCCAAGAAGAGUAUGAGGUUGCAGACCUAAGGAAGAACUUUGAAGCUGAACAAGACAAGAGGAGAAAACUGGAGGAGAAGUUGCAAGCGCAGAUUUUGGAAUGCCACAAUGUCGAGCAACGUUAUCGAGAGGCUGAAGAGAUGAAGGCGGAGGCAUUGAAGCACGCAACUACAACAGAAGAGACAUAUAAGGACGAGCUCCACAGGCUGGAGGAGAAGCUGAGGCAGUGCGAAAUGGUGAAAUGGAAAAUGGAGUGUAGAAUUGCAUCGCUGGAGGAGGAAAAUAAGGCAUUAAGCUAUUAUACAAUUUCCAAAGCAAGGUGUGAGGGAGGAGGAGGAGGAGGAGGAGGAGGAGAAGCCUCUGGGCUUCAAAUUCCAUCUGCUUGGAGGUGAUGACCUUACCUUCUUUUGGGCUCUUCAAAGUCCAAAAACUUGCAAAAAGUCUGAGGAGGGCUAAGCGAGGGGCUACCUUUCCGGGGGCUCUUCAAAGUUCGAAAGGCCAUGAGGAGAGUUAAGAACAGAGGCCCUUUAUGGGAGAAUGAGUUAUGGGUCUUAUGACUGUACUGUGUAUGCCAGACGGCAACUCAAUUCAGACCGUUGAUGUCUUCAAAAAAAUCCAGGCAGCCAAUUGUUGAUGUCUGACUUUUUUGUUGCCUGCCUGGUAGAUGAAUAGUACAAACAUCCACAACUUCUGAUCAAGAGGUUAAACCACCAAUACUUCCUAAACUCGUUCCCGUUAACAAACCACGAUUUUAGGA